AUGCAUAUUACCUCUUUCCAGUAUGCCCAUACUCGCGCCUUGUACAUCCGUACCGCGAAAAACCGCUUUCCUCCGCCACAACUCUUCUUCAUGUCAGAUUUGUCGUCGCAGCUUUCUGCGUUCAAAAACCGAAUCAGAAGCGGGGCUUCUGUGGCGGUGAAAAGGGCCGUGACGCCAAAGCCGGUCAAGACCCCCGAACCUCCCAAGAGAAGUGGCGAUUCCGACUUGGCCCAAGCCAUCAAGCGCCAGAGACAAAACGACUCGGCGCUUUCUGGCGCCCACUUGUCGACUCGUCUCCAUUUGGCCGUGGAGUACAUCAAGCUGCAAGAUGCGCCUGUGCCCAUUUCGAAGUUGCAGGGCUACCUCUCGUUUGACAUUUCCGAUACGCUUCUUCCCCUCUUGAAGGAGAUUGACCGGAUCAAGUACGAUCCGGCAAACAACACCUUGGAGUACAUGUCGCUUCACAACAUUGGAAACGCCGAGGACUUGUUGAAUUUCUUGCGGCUGCAGCCAACGUUCAAGGGCACGUCAGUCAAGGAGCUCCGUGACGGCUGGUCCGGCUGUUUGGACGCGAUCGCCGAGCUCGAGGAGGAGAACAAGAUCCUUGUCUUGCGCAACAAGAAGGAGAACGCGCCGCGCCUUGUGUGGGCCAAUUUGGGCGGCGAAAUCGGCACGGUGGACGAGGAGUUUGUCGAGAUGUGGUCGAAAAUCCGUGUUCCGGACAGAGACAGCCUCUACCAGGCGUUGAUUGACAACUCGUUGAAGCCUACAGGCGCAGAUCCACACGAGCUCAAGAAAAAGCCCCAGCAGCAGGAGCGCAAGCAGCGGAAAGCCAGACGGGGCAAGAUCACAAACACCCACAUGAAGGGCAUUUUGAAGGACUACUCGCAGCUUGUGUAA